AUGGCCGACUACAACUCAAUGAAGGUCCCUGAGCUCAAGAAGCUGCUCCAGACCCGCUCCCUCUCCGUCACAGGCAACAAGGCCGAUCUUGUCGCCCGUCUCGCCGAGAACGACAAGCAGAACGCGCCUACGGCCGCCGAGCCCGCCGCCGCCGCACCAGUUGCCGCCGAAGCUAACGACGCCGAAAUCACCUGGUCCGAGGACGAGGAGGAGCCCGCGAAGCCAGCCGCCGUAAAGGCUGCCGCGCCCGCGCCCGCCGCCGCUCCGGCUGCUGCUACCACAGAGACAGUUCCCGCUCCGGCCGCCGAGACUGCCACGGCCGCUCCUGCAGUGUCCGCCGAGGCACCUGCUACCGAAACCGCCGCGCCCGCAGAGCCUGAGGCGCCCAAAGAGAACUUCGCCCUGAACCUCAACGCGACCGACGCCUCGGAGGAGACGAAGAAGCGCGCCGAACGCGCCAAGCGCUUUGGCAUCACCGCCGACGACUCUGCCGACACCGAAGCCAAGAAGAAGGCCGAGCGCGCCGCGCGCUUCGGCGCCGACUCGAACGACAUUGCCUCCAGUCUCGAUGCCGCGCUCCCCGAGCGCAGGCUCAUGCGCGGACGCGGCGAAGGAGACCAGCAGCAGGGCGGCAGGACGCCAAGAAGGCAGAACGCCGCCAACGGUGAUCGCAGGGGACUGACAAUUCGCGGACUUCUCAGGAUGCGGGACUGGACGGUUUGUACACUAUGCGGCAUCCUCAGGGAUGCCCAACGACCGAGGAUGGAAAGCGUGCUCGCGCAGCCCGACGCGUGCCGAAAACGACAGUGA